AUGGCAAAUGCUCAACAAUACUGCCUUCGUUGGAACAACCAUCGCUCCAAUCUACUAACGGUAUUCGAUGAACUGCUCCAAAAUGAAGCUUUUACUGACGUAACAUUAGCUUGUGAGGGUGGUACGCCCAUUAAAUGUCACAGAAUGGUUUUGGCGGCAUGUUCUCCAUAUUUUCAAAAUCUUUUCAUAGGAUUACCAUGUACACAUCCAGUGGUAGUUCUAAAAGAUGUUAAACACAUGGAAAUUAAAGCAAUUUUAGAAUACAUGUACCGAGGAGAAGUAAACGUAGCACAAAAUCAACUUGCUGCUUUGCUUAAAGUAGCCGAGACGUUGAAAGUUAAAGGUUUAGUGGAAGAAAAUAAAUCCAAUCCGAACCCCAAAGAAGACGAACCAAUUGAUCACUCACCUUCGAUAAGUACAUCGAGUUCAGUAAUGCAAAAUAUUGUUCAUAGCAGUAGCAAUUCGUCACCUCCUCAUUCCACAAACACUAUGUACAAAAAUCCAUACAAUUUUUAUAAUAACAAACCUCAGGAUUCUAGAUUAAAUCUACCAAUGUGGGCCAUGCCUGGUAUACCCUUGCCACCACACACAUCUCCCCAAGUUUCCAGCAAUAAUCAUCAUAGUCCGGCAACAAUGCUCAGCGGGUGUUACGAAAGUGCUUCAUCAGAUAUGUCUCCUUUGAAAAAGAAGAAAAUGUCCAGUUUAUUAAUUCAGAGGGACACACCAAUAUUGAGGACAGUAUUAGGUCAAGGUCAAGCCGACUCCUCUCAACCUGUCAGUUUAGUUUGUCAUCCAGAUAGUGCUGAGCAGAGUAACAGCAACGAAGAGAGAAUAAAACACAUGAAAAAUGAACCUUUAGAAGAUGCACAAUCACCGUAUACAGAUUUUAUCCCAAUGCACGAAGAAGAAGAGAAACUAAAAAUGGCAAUACCUUCCUCAUCUCCGCAGUCGUACUCACACGAAAUGCGUGGUGUUACAGGUAUUGCCACGUACGUUCCUACACAAAAACCUGAAUGGAAACGAUAUAAGCAAUAUACCAGAAAUGAUAUAAUGUCAGCUAUAGAAGCUGUAAGGAAUGGAAUGUCGGCAUUACAAGCUGCUCGAAAAUACGGAGUACCUUCGCGAACGUUGUAUGACAAAGUAAAAAAAUUGGGGAUAACUACCAGCCGUCCGUUUAAGCGUGGCAGCAAUGGAAGUUCGGCGUGUUUUUCAUAUAAUACUGGUUCACCAUAUAGUGGUCAUCUUUCUGAAUCCGACGAAAAUCCAAUGCAUAAUAAUAAUAAUUCUGCAUUACUUGAAGCCAGCACAUUUCUUCAGCACGCUCUAGAUAGCAGAGGUGGAGAUGAACGAGAAGCAUUGGCUGCAAUGGCUGCAGCUGCUGCUCAUGCUGUCGCCUCGGGACAUUCUACCAGUCCGAAUAACCUUGGAAAAGCUAGAAGUCCCAGCCCUAGUCCUACAAUGUUAAAAUAUAUGAGACAUGUAAGCUUAACUCCUUCACCAGCUGCUGGUAGCGAGCAUCAUAAUUCUCAUAGUGAAACUAAUGGGAGUUCAGAAAGGGAACAAGAAGAUGAAGAUCAAGUUGAAGAUCUCUCGAUAAAUAGGAAAGAGCAUAGAGAAAGAGAAUCGACAGGAGUGAUCAUGCCUCCCAUGAACCAAGUUGCUGCUAUAGUUAAAAAAGAAGAAUUGCUGGUAGAAAACCUCAAAGAGGAAUCUAGAAGGGAAGUAACUUUAGAAUGUGAAGGGGAAUGAAAAAGGACAUAAUAAUUCUCAAACUGUUUUGAGAAAUGUUUACACCAGUGUUAAGUUUUAUGGUAUAUAGUUUAUUAUUUUGCAAA